AUGGUCCUUGCCAGUUUUGACUCGACUUCAGAUGUUUCUUUUACUUUUACUUUAUUCAAUGAUUCUACACAAGAUUGGGAUUAUAAUGUAACACACACCAGGCAGGAAAUCUCAGAGGAAGCACUGCAGUUUCUUAAAGGCCCUGUGUCCACUGUCCUCAUACCGUCCUUCUACACGCUGGUCUGCCUCAUCAGCAUGCCAUUUAACAUCUGUGCAGUGAUAGCUUUCGCUUGGAGGAUCCGGCCAAAAAAACCAGCAGCAAUCUACAUGCUGAACUUGGCCUGCGCUGACCUAAUCUUUGCCCUGCUGCUUCCCUUCAAGAUCUCCUACCACUUUGGCGGCAACAACUGGAUAUUCGGCCCACUUAUGUGCCGUGUGGUCACUGCAGCUUUUUACUGGAACAUGUAUUGCUCUGUUCUGCUCAUAACUUGCAUCAGUGUGGAUCGGCUUCUUGCUAUAGUCUACCCUAUGGACUCUGUGGUUUGGAGAACCCCACAGAAUUCAAUCAUAGCCUGUGUCACCAUGUGGAUAUUAUCCUUGGCUGGCUCAGUACCCCUAGUGGUCUCCGAACAGACUGUACACCUAAUUCAGCUGGACAUCACCACCUGCCACGACAUCCAGAGAGCUGAUCAACUAAUCUGGCACUACAAGAUCUACUUCAUCAUUCUUUGCUGCUUCCUCUUCUUCCUGCCUCUGCUCAUCACAGUAGUGUCCUACACUUGGGUGAUCUGGUCACUGAGCAGGGUCCCAAGCGGGGAUCCUGGACACUCACGCAGACGCAUGAGAGCAGUGGUGAUGGUUUUAACGGUGCUGGUGAUCUUUGUGUUGUGUUUCAUGCCCACAAACUGCAUGCUGCUAGCACACUACCUGCAAUUCAACGAGGGAAUGAAAAAUCCCACAGACGCUCCUGAUGGCUCCUACUUGAUCUAUCUGGUUUUCCUGUGUUUGGGGAGUUUGAACUGCCUUCUGGAUCCGCUGGUCUACUACUUCGGAUCAUCCCAAUGCCAGAAACAACUGUCCAAAGCGCUGAGGUGUCAGAAGAUUACAGAGGUCAGCAGCAGUCAUUCAUCUUCUGAUUCAUAUAAAUCCACCGCCAGAACGAUUCUGAAGUCCAGCCACAAAGAAAGUUCAAAGACAAACUCAUCAACCACCAAAAUGGACUCUUUCCAAUCAAAUCUCAACAGCCAAUACAAUAAACUACUGGUCUUGUAGACUGUUACACUGAAUCAUACUGAUGUAACUGACUUAACUGAAACAAGAGAAAUAUCUUUAUUAUGAAGUUCAAGUAACAGCAAGUAAUGAGCACAAAGCCUGUAGUGUCUAGCCUUUAUGUUUCUGUCAUGAUUAGAAUAAAUGGAGGACAUGUGAACUUACGAUGCCAACAUACAGUAUUAAAAAACAUUUGUAUACUACUACUAGCCUAAAUGUAUUUUAGUUUGUGAAGUCUUGCUUUCAAACACACAUGCCCUUGUGAAUGAAUAAUGAAGUUAAAAAUAAUGCAGGGAAGGAAGUUUGAAUUUAGAUAAGAACGAAUGUUUGAUACUAUGAAAUGCUAUUUGAACUGUAUAUGUAAGAGCUUAAAGGUUUAUAAGCAGCAAGUGAA